GGCAUCUAUCGUCGAUUCGACGCCCUCAAUGCACGUCAUAUACUGUAUCUCCAAGCUGAACUGUGCAUCUUAGAGAAGCAGUUGCGGGUUAUGGAACACAAGGAUAAAGAAAAAGACAAGGAAGGGCGCCUAGGAUAUGCAGUCGACUACCAGCGCAUGUUGGAAACACAGAAGAGCCAGGGAAAAGAGCAAUUGGUGCUGAUCAGAAAGAUGCACAGGAAAUUGAACGAGUACAACAAGGCACUCAUACAAAUUUCCGUCCUACAUCAGCUCCAACCACCCGAUAAAUUCGACCUCAGCGACAUCCAACACUUUCUGGAAAGCGAUGUCAUAGAGCCAGGUUUCCUCCAGGGCGUCGACCGACAUACCUGGGGCACUUGCGAUGAUACCGAGAACCACGCACCGGAUCUAAUUGGCAUACACCCACGUAAAAAAGAAGAUGACUUCUCCCACUUCAUUUCAGAGAACGCGAUACACUUAUUCAAAUGUGGUCUCGGGCGACUCACAAAGGGUGAUAGGAACCUGAGCAAAAAAGUGUACUACGACUCGACCGUUUUAAAAGUGACAUCGUGGAUAACGUGUAUUCUGGCGUCGCUGCUUCCCAUUGCCUCGAUCUUGGUCCUAGUAAACUUACAGUCGCUCAAAACGAAGCUCUGGGUCAUUGCCGCGUUCAACAUCCUGACGAGCGUCUGUUUGAGUGUUUUGACAGACGCCAAACGCUCUGAAGCGUUUGCUGUUACUGCUGCUUUUGCUGCUGUUCAGGUCGUGUUUGUAGGGACUGAUCACGAAACACCUGUCAAAUGA